AUGACCCAAAAAAUACAUAUACGUACAGUUUUUCUAUACGUAUCGAUUCCAAUCAUUUUCUUCUUCACAAUUUACCACCUCCUUCUCUUAUCAAUCCCCCAACUCCACAUUCCUAAACUCCAAUACGACGCCGUUUCACAAUUAAUUCAAAUCCAACCGCUUAAUCCUAUCGUUCCGUUUCCGAUUCAGUUCACCGAUAACAAUUCCGAUCACUUUCCGAUUGCGAAUGUAUCCGUUCUGUUUCCGGCAUGGGAGGUGCUCGUGAUCGUAACAGAAUCGCCGGAAAAUGCACACGUGGCAUCUAAUUACACAUCGCGUUUUUGUUUGUUCGAUACUAACGAGAUUUCUCCGGCAAGGUUUUCUGGUGAGUUACCGUAUGAUCGGAAAACGUACACGUGUCAGCUUCCGAAGCGGUUUCGUCGGAGACUUCCGUUCCGGCAACCGGUGCUCACAACCUGCCCGGACGAUCACAUAAUAGCGCAGGUUUCACCGGCGCCGGAGAUGCUCCGGUGGAGUUAUAUAGUUUACAAUAUAAUCGAAACGCAAAGCGACGUCGUUUUGUUUGUUAAAGGAAUUAAUAAUCGUCAAGGAGUCAAUAGAAGUCCAAAGGAAUUUAAAUGUCUUUUUGGUGAAAAUAUACUUAACGGCGUUAUAACCUCCGUUAGUAGCUCAUUACAAGAAGUGUUUAGAUGUGAACGUCCGCAUUUAACGGCGUUUGGUCAAAGUCCAGUCAAAGCGUCGCUUGUAAUCUUACAAAAAAAUAACAAUUCGGUUAUUGUUCCAUCCAUCGCAUAUUACACCCCUAGGCGUAAGAUAGUGGAGAUUAGUAAAAAGAAACUAUUGUGCGCAUGUACUAUGGUUUUUAAUGUUGGCAAGUUUUUAAAAGAAUGGGUUAUUUAUCAUUCCAAAAUUGGGGUUGAUAGGUUUAUAUUGUAUGACAAUGGUAGUGAUGAUGAUUUAGGGGAAGUUGUAAAGUUGUUGAGAUCAAGAGGGUAUGAUAUCGAGUUGCGUUUUUGGCUUUGGCCAAAAACACAAGAAGCUGGUUUUUCGCAUGCAGCAUUGCUUGCAAAAAACUCGUGUAAGUGGAUGAUGUAUAUUGAUGUAGACGAGUUUGUGUACUCGCCAUCAUGGAAGUUGUUAAAACCGUCGAAAAUGCUUUUAGGGUUGCUUUUGCCAAAGUUUCCGUAUGGAGAGUUAAUUAUUCGUUGUUAUGAGUUUGGGCCGUCGAAGCAAAAGAAACACCCCUUACUGGGUGUGACACAAGGGUAUAAUUGUAGAAAUGAAGUUGAAAACCGGCAUAAGUCUAUUGUUUUACUUGAUGCGGUUCAUGAGUCUUUGCUUAAUGUGAUUCAUCAUUUUAAGUUAAAAGAUGGGUAUAAAAGCAUGAAAGUGGAUAUUGAAAAGGUGGUGGUGAACCAUUAUAAGUAUCAAGUGUGGGACGAGUUUAAAGCGAAGUUUAGGAGAAGAGUAUCGGCUUAUGUUGUGGAUUGGACCCGUUCAGUGAACUUGAAAUCAAAUGAUCGGGCUCCUGGUCUUGGGAGUCUUGCGGUUAAGCCCGACGGAUGGGAAGAGAGAUUUUGUGAAGUGUAUGAUAAUAGGUUAAGAGAUUUAACAAGGCGAUGGUUUGGAAGGCAAAAUGGGCAAUUGGGCUUUGGUAUGGAUUGGCAAUACUGA